UUAAAUUUUUUUUUUUAUUUUUAAAGAGAUCUUGUUAUGCUGGCUUUGAGCUGGUGAUCUUCCUGCCCCAGCUUCCAGAAUGCAGAUGUAAUCCACCACACCUCACACUAGGUUUUCACUUUCGUUUCCUCUUCUGUUCCUUGCCUUAUCUCUCUGAAGUACGGACACAUUUAAAAAUGUUUCAGAUGAGAAAACUCUGGAUUUCUAAUAGUUUGAAGUCACCCAGGUGAUAACUGCUCAAAGCUGGAAGGGUUGAUUCUCAACCCUCUACCCACAGCUCCUAGAUCUGUUGGAGUCAGAGAGAGGGGGAAGUGCAUUUUCAGAUCUUAUUUUCUCCUCUGCAAAUGGAAACUAAAGUAUCUAUUGUCACAAGAUCAUUAUGAAGAUUAGGCUUUUAAGUGUAUGAAGUCUUAGCUCAAUGCCUAGUAGUUAAGUUGGCAGUGCUCGGUCCCUUCUCAGGAAGCUUAAUAGCUUUUGGGAUUUAGAUGGACGAAUCAUGUAAGAGGUGUUCAGUUCUGGGAUGUAGCGGGAAGUCAAUGAACUAUGCAGAGACAAUUGCCUCUCUGUAGCCUCUUAGCAGCUCUGGUCUCUGAGUCAUGAGAAAAUUUGUCAUUAUCUUGUAAAUAUUUAAGAUUCGGCUGCUUCCCUUUAUAAACCCCCCACGUUUAGAGUGUCACACACUUUUUCUGCCUAGUAAGUAUCAAAGACUCAACGACUGCAGUUCUGUGAUUUUUCCAGGUCUGAGUGAAAUAGGAGACUGGCCAAAUAAUAAUCUCGAGGCUUGGAGUUAUUAAAAUAAACUAAUAAAGCCUUCAAGUCUUGUAUGAGUGUAAAUGUAAAUGAGAGGAACCUAACACAUUAAAAAAAAAGGGAGGAAGGAGGGAAACCACUCGUGGUAGUUGUUUCUAUGCCCACCUGAAACUAAAGAAAUGGUUUUUGAAAUGUUUCUCAAGAUUUCUCUGCUUUGUUAUUCCUGAAGUGAUGCAAAGCUGGACUGGUUGCAAGGGUGAAGGGGUAGGGGGCUCUUUCCUGCUAGCAGCUUGACAGUGCUCCAAAGCCAGGGAUGGUUGGAGGGGGUUCAAAAAAAGCGUGGGCAAUCGGACAGUGACAAGCCAGAGCCUGCACCUCUGCGACCUCCCCCUGGGGAACAGCUAGGCAAACUGCCCCCUUUCCCGCCCGGGGGCCUCAGUAGAGCCGCCCGCAGCCGGGGAGCCUGACGUGAGAGGCGCGACAGCGCACGCGACCCUAAGCUUGCUGGCGUCCUCGCGCCGCUCCCUGGCGUCGGCGUGCUGGACCGCAAGACCCUCUCCUUGCAGGCUCGCUACAGCCAGCAAGUCGCGGGUAGCUCCGACCCUUUCCCUCCUCGGGGGCCCGCCCCCAGCUCGGGCGCAGACGAGAGCCCGCGCGCGCUCGCUCGCUCUCCUCAGCGCGGGUGUGUGCGAGCCGUCCUCCCACCGCGAUCCCCUCCCCAUUGUUUCCGGGCGACCGCCACGAGCCCCGGAGCGAAGCCCCUCCCCCACGGGUCUACCCCUCCUCCGCCGAGGUUUGACGGGUGUUUGGGGGAUCCCCAGAAUUAAAGGAGAGGGAGCCCCCGAACCCAGCCCUGGGAGGCUCUGCUCCGGGCCUCCGAGCUAUCUCCUCCCAUCCCCGCCGGGAUCCCUGUCAGGGGAGCGUCGCUGACUCCCCUCCCCCUCUUCCCGGCGCCACUCUCCCUCAGCCCCCUCCCCUCAGCGGGUCCUCCUCUUUCUCUCGCUCCCUCCUCCUCCCCCUCCCCGUCCCUUCCCCCCCCCACAAUGCAGUUCGCGGCGCGGCGGACAUGGCGGUGGAGUCCUGAGCUCGUCGUGUCCUGGCCUCCAUCGGCGGCGGCGACGACGGCGGCGGCGGCGACGGGGGCGGCAGCGGCAGCGGGAGGCGGAGGGGGAGCCGGAGCCUCUGAGAUGAGGAGGCGUCGCGCGCGCCUGUAGCUCGCGGGCUUCUCAGUUUGCUUGCCUAAACUAGAUUUGGAACAGUUCAUAUACCUGAGACCUGCCAUUUUACAGUAUCAAAUUGGGAAGAAUCAGAUUUUCAAAUAAUGGAAGAGCCCAAGACUUCUAAAAACGAAAAUCAUGAACCAAAGAAGAAUAUUAUUUGUGAAGAAAGCAAAGCAGUUAAAAUUAUAACUAAUCAAACCUUGAAGCCUAGAAAUGAUAAGUCCAUGACAGAAAUUGGGACCAGCUCUCUGAAUAGAAAUAGUAGUAAAAAAACCAAGCAAAAUGAUAUUUGUAUAGAAAAAACAGAAGCUAAAUCAUGUAAAGUAAAUGCUGCCAGUGUUCCAGGCCCUAAAGAUUUGGGGUUAGUACUUCGAGAUCAAAGUCAUUGCAAAGUGAAAAAGUUACCAAAUUCACCCAUGAAAGCCCAGAAGGGAUCUUCACAGACAAAAUUAGAAAAGGCACCUAGUUUACAGGCGAAAGCAGAAAAAGUACCAAAGUCUCCGAAUUUACCAGUAAAAGUAGAGAAAACGCCCUGUACAACAGCAGCAGCAACAACAGAAAAAGCACUUAAUUCACAGAGAAAAGAAGAAAACGUACCCACUUCUCAGAUGAAAUUACAGAAGACACCCAGAUCACCUUUAGAGCCAGAAAAUGUGCCUAGUUUACUGUUGAAAGAAAAUGUGAAACAGACAGAAUCACAACAGACUGGGAAGAAACUUACAAGCUCCUUUGUUUCUAUGGAUAAAAGGAACAGUGCAGCUCUACAAGGAGAGAAGUCAACCCUGGAAAAUUCAUCACUAUCUCAGAAGCAACAGACACAGGCAGAUAAUAUUGCUGAUUCUGAUGACAGUGCUUCAGGGAUGGAAGAUACAUCAGAUGAUUUGAGUAAAAUGAAGAAUGAAGAAUCUAACAAAGAAAAUUCUUCCGAGAUGGACUAUUUAGAAAAUGCCACUGUGAUAGAUGAAUCUACUUUGACACCUGAGCAGAAGCUAGGUUUGAAACAAGCAGAAGAACGUCUAGAAAGAGAUCACAUCUUUCGACUUGAAAAACGCUCACCAGAAUAUACCAAUUGCCGUUAUCUAUGCAAACUUUGCUUAAUUCAUAUUGAAAACAUCCAAGGAGCACAUAAACAUAUAAAAGAAAAACGACAUAAGAAGAAUAUUUUGGAAAAACAAGAAGAGAGUGAACUUCGAUCUCUCCCAUCUCCUUCCCCUGCUCACUUGGCUGCUUUAAGUGUUGCAGUUGUUGAAUUAGCAAAAGAACAAGGAAUAACAGAUGAUGACCUCAGAAUCCGCCAGGACAUUGUGGAGGAAAUGUCAAAGGUUAUAGUGACAUUUUUACCAGAAUGUUCACUGAGGUUGUAUGGUUCAUCUCUGACAAAGUUUGCUCUGAAAAGCAGUGAUGUUAAUAUAGAUAUAAAAUUUCCUCCCAAGAUGAAUCAUCCAGAUCUUUUGAUACAAGUGCUUGGAAUUUUGAAAAAAAGUGCAUUAUAUGUAGAUGUGGAAUCUGAUUUUCAUGCUAAAGUUCCUGUUGUGGUGUGCAAAGAUCGGAAAAGUGGUUUACUAUGUAGAGUAAGUGCAGGAAAUGAUAUGGCAUGUCUCACAACUGACUUACUUGCUGCUCUUGGCAAAGUGGAACCGGUCUUCACUCCCUUAGUGUUAGCUUUUCGCUAUUGGGCUAAGUUGUGCUAUAUCGACUCCCAAACUGAUGGUGGAAUCCCUUCUUACUGCUUUGCUUUAAUGGUGAUGUUUUUUCUUCAACAAAGAAAACCCCCUCUUCUUCCUUGCUUACUUGGAAGUUGGAUUGACGGCUUUGACCCAAAAAGAAUGGAUGACUUUCAGCUGAAGGGCAUAGUAGAAGAGAAGUUUGUGAAGUGGGAGUAUAAUUCAAGCAGUGCAACUGAGAAAAGCUUAAUUGCUGAUGAAAACACAGCUAAGGCAGACCAACCAAAAGAUGACACCAGGAAGACAGAGACAGACAACCAAAGUAAUGCUGUGAAGGCCAAACAUGGCAAAUCUCCUUUAACAUUGGAAGCACCAAAUCAGGUACCCCUUGGACAGUUGUGGUUGGAGCUGCUAAAAUUUUACACACUGGAUUUUGCUUUGGAGGAAUAUGUCAUAUGUGUACGGAUACAAGAUAUUUUAACUAGAGAGAACAAAAACUGGCCUAAAAGACGGAUAGCAAUUGAAGAUCCAUUUUCAGUCAAGAGGAAUGUUGCACGGAGCUUAAACAGCCAGCUUGUAUAUGAAUAUGUUGUGGAGAGAUUCAGGGCAGCUUAUCGAUAUUUUGCCUGUCCCCAAAGGAAGGGUGGAAAUAAAUCUACAGUGGAUCUCAAGAAAAAAGAGAAAGGGAAGCUAAGCAACAAGAAACCAGUGAAGUCUGAUUGCUCGGCAACCAAUGGUUGUGUUCUUGGAGAAAGUACAGAAAAAGUAAAUAUGGAACGAGGCCAACCUCUUAAACAUGAUGAAAUGGAGUUUACGUCACAGAGAUGUAUUGUUGAUAAUGACCGUUUAUUGGUAAAUGAACUAGGUUUGGCUGACCAUGGACAAGAUUCUUCAUCGCUUUCUACUGGCAGUGAAGGCAGUGAAUUACAGCAAAAAUCAGCUGAGAAACAAGGUGAUUUAACACCUUCAGAAACUUCUUUAAAGAAGGAACUCAGCCAGUGUCAUUGCACUGGGACCCCUGAUGGAGCUGGAUCUGCUGGAACAGACUGUAGAUCAAAUUUAGAAAUGGAGAGUUCACAUCAGAUUGUGUGCAACAACAUAUCUGCUACCUCUUGCAACUGCAAAGCUACAGAAGUUGCUUCUGACCUUAUUGAUGAUGAUAACCUCCCCUCCCAGGAAUUAUAUUAUGUGUUUGAUAAGUUUAUUUUAACCUCUGGCAAGCCGCCAACAAUAGUAUGCAGCAUCUGCAAAAAGGAUGGCCAUUCAAAAAAUGAUUGCCCAGAGGAUUUCAGGAAAAUUGAUCUAAAACCUCUACCACCAAUGACAAACCGAUUUCGAGAAAUACUUGAUUUAGUAUGCAAAAGAUGUUUUGAUGAAUUAUCACCGCCUUGCUCUGAACAACACAACAGGGAACAAAUUUUAAUCGGCUUGGAAAAGUUUAUUCAAAAAGAAUAUGAUGAAAAAGCAAGAUUGUGCUUAUUUGGUUCUUCUAAGAAUGGAUUUGGAUUCCGUGAUAGUGAUUUGGAUAUUUGUAUGACUCUGGAAGGCCAUGAGAAUGCAGAGAAAUUAAACUGUAAGGAAAUAAUUGAAAAUUUGGCGAAAAUUCUUAAGAGGCAUCCAGGUUUAAGAAACAUUCUGCCUAUAACUACUGCCAAAGUGCCUAUUGUAAAAUUUGAACACAGGAGAAGUGGACUAGAAGGUGAUAUCAGUUUAUAUAACACAUUGGCUCAACACAACACAAGAAUGCUAGCUACUUAUGCAGCUAUUGAUCCUAGAGUGCAGUACUUGGGAUAUACUAUGAAAGUGUUUGCUAAGCGCUGUGACAUUGGAGAUGCGUCUCGAGGAAGUUUAUCUUCAUAUGCUUAUAUCCUUAUGGUGCUGUACUUUCUGCAGCAACGAAAGCCACCAGUUAUCCCAGUUCUGCAAGAGAUCUUUGAUGGAAAGCAGAUUCCACAGAGAAUGGUGGAUGGAUGGAAUGCCUUUUUCUUUGAUAAAACAGAAGAACUGAAAAAGCGUUUACCUUCACUUGGAAAGAACACGGAAUCACUAGGAGAGCUUUGGUUAGGACUACUUCGCUUCUAUACUGAAGAGUUUGAUUUCAAGGAAUAUGUAAUCAGUAUUCGGCAGAAAAAGCUGCUCACUACUUUUGAAAAGCAGUGGACUUCUAAAUGCAUUGCAAUUGAAGAUCCUUUUGACUUGAAUCAUAACCUUGGUGCUGGUGUUUCUAGAAAAAUGACCAAUUUUAUUAUGAAGGCAUUUAUCAAUGGAAGGAAACUUUUUGGUACCCCCUUUUAUCCACUCAUUGGCAGAGAAGCUGAGUACUUCUUUGAUUCAAGAGUAUUAACAGAUGGAGAAUUGGCUCCUAAUGAUCGGUGUUGUCGUGUGUGUGGAAAAAUAGGUCACUAUAUGAAAGACUGUCCCAAAAGGAAAAGCAGUUUACUGUUUAGACUAAAGAAGAAAGACAGUGAAGAAGAGAAAGAAGGAAAUGAAGAAGAAAAAGACUCCCGAGACCUUCUUGACUCCCGAGACCUUAGGUGUUUCAUAUGUGGAGAUGCCGGACAUGUUCGCCGGGAAUGCCCAGAGGUCAAGAUGGCCCGCCAGAGGAAUAGCAGUGUAGCAGCAGCCCAGCUGGUUCGUAAUCUUGUUAAUGCUCAGCAGGUGGCUGGUUCAGCCCAGCAACAGAGUGACCAGUCUAUAAGGACUAGACAGUCUUCAGAGUGUUCUGAUUCACCAUCUUAUUCUCCUCAGCCUCAGCCUUUUCCACAGAAUUCUCCCCAACCGUCUGCUCUUCCCCCACCUCCAUCCCAGCCAGGAUCCCAGCCUAAGCUUGGCCCACCCCAGCAGGGAGGCCAGCCCCCUCACCAGGUUCAGAUGCCCUUGUAUAACUUUCCUCCAUCCCCUCCAGCUCAUUACUCACCCAUGCACGGUAUGGGAUUAUUGCCAAUGCACCCCCUCCAGAUCCCUGCCCCGUCGUGGCCCAUCCACGGCCCAAUGCUGCACUCUGCACCUGGCAGUACCCCCAGCAAUAUUGGCUUGAAUGAUCCCAGCAUCAUCUUUGCACAGCCUGCUGCCAGGCCGAUGGCAAUCCCUAGCUCUUCUCAUGAUGGACACUGGCCUCGUACCGUGGCUCCCAACUCCCUGGUGAACAAUGGUGCAGUGGGUAAUUCGGAGCCACGUUUUCGAGGACUAAAUCCUCCAAUUCCAUGGGAACAUGCACCACGUCCCCAUUUCCCCCUUGUCCCAGCUUCGUGGCCUUAUGGUUUGCAUCAAAACUUCAUGCAUCAGGGAAAUCCAAGAUUUCAGCCCAAACCCUUCUACGCUCAAGCAGAGAGAUGUGCCACACGUCGCAGUAGAGAGCGUUGUCCCCACCCACCACGAGGAAACGUGUCGGAAUAAUGCCAGCCCACAGCAACCAGCCAAUCCUGAUGUCUCAAGGGUAUCCGUACCUCAGUGUCAGUUACACUCAGCAGAAAAAUUGACAUUUAAGGAAAGGAAAACAAAUCAGGUCCUGAUUUAAAAUUUUAACACACGUUUAGAUAGCUUAUUUAAAUUCUAAGACUGUUUUUAAACACUGUAUUAUUUGUAUAUAAAUAUGAACUAUAGUUUUUACUGGUAUCACUAAAUUGAGUGAUACAAAUUUCAUCUAUUUUAUUACCCUAUUUUUAAGGGAAUUUUAUGUUUUGUUUAACCUUGAUGAAUUGUAUAAAGAGAGAAUUUAAAAAAUUACAUUCUUUAUUUUCUAUUAGCUGUAUUCAUACUUUGGUUGCUUCAGACUUUAUAUAUAUUGUUCUUAAGAAUUAGGAAAGGAUUUCAUGUGUUUUAAAUUUGUCACUUCUAUUCUUUACAGAACCUUGUAGUGCCAAAAACUUUUUAAAAGGUUAAAAAAAAAAUAAAAUUACAACAUAAAGAUUCAAAAAAUUUUUUUCUUUUACAUACUUGUAUAUUGAAUAUAUUCAAACUUGAAUGGAAAGUUGCUUUUUUGUCUGUAUUUGAAGUUCUAUUUUAAGUUAAUAAAUCUUUUUGACAAGA